AGUUGUGAAUUUUCCCUUUUUCCUUAUAUUAUUGAUUCUAGCUUCAUUCCAUUGCGGUUGGAUAAGAUGCUUUGUGUAACUUCAUUCUUUUUUAAUUUAUUAAGAGUGAAUUUGUCACCCAACAUGCGGUCUCUCCUGGAGAAUGAUCUCUGUGCCCUUGAGAAGAAUCUGUCUUCUGCUACUGUUGGAUGUUGUGUCCAGUAUGUCUGUUAGGUCUAGUUCAAUUAUAGUAAUGUCCAUGUCCUCUGGUUUCCUGUAGCAUUUCUGGGUGGGCAUCCUAUCCAGUAUUGAAAAGUCAUUUGAAGUCUCCAACUGUUAUUGUAGAGCUGUUUCUUCAGUAUUUUUAAAUUUUGCUUCACAGAUUUUAUGGCUUUGUGGUUAGGAGCCCUUAUGUUUAUAAUUGUUAUAGCUUCUUGGUGGGUUGGCCAUUUUCUUAAUGUUUAGUGUCCUUUUUUGUCUCUUGUAACAGGUUUUAAUUUGAAAGUCUCUUGUUCUGUAUUAUUAUAGCCACCCCAGCUCUCUUUUAGUUACUAUUAGCAUGGAAUGUUUUUUUCCCUCCUUUCACUUUCAACCUUUUUGUGUGUAUGGGUCUAAAGUGAGUCUGUUUCAUAUAACAUAUAGUGGGGUCAUGCUUUUUUAUCCUUUCUGCCAAUCUUUGUCUUUUGUUUGGAGAGUUUAAUCCAUUUAUGUUCAAAAUAAUUACUAACACGAAGGGACUUACUUGAGUUGUGACAACCUAUAUGACAUGUUAUCUACCAGGGAAUAAACUGAUUGGAGUCUCAAUUCCCAGCAUUUUUAUUGGGGAUUGGUUAUGUAGGCACACUCUGCUUAAUAUAUACAAAAAUCCAGUCUCCCAGAAGCAGUACAGGGACUCGGCAUAAACCAUGCUUUUUGCAUAAAUAGUUUAGGCACCGUGAAGCACUUGUUAGGAUAGUGGACUUCUGCUCGAAAUCUCACUUCCAAGGCACAAGACAAGUGCCAACCUUGAAAGCCAUGUUUUCUAAAGAUAACCAGUCUCAGCCCUGCUAGGUUAACUCUUUUUUGCAUACUAGGUAGUAAACCUUUGUUAUGAGAAACCACUGUAGAUACUUUGUGUGAAGAAUUUUGCGGGCUGACACGUGAAGCUCAUUUCACACUUACACCAGGAAGAGGGGUAUUCUUAUUGGGCUUGAGCUCUACCAAACAGGUGAACUCCAGCAUUAGAGUUGCUGUGUGGUAGCCUUUUCUCCACCCCAUGCACGUGAACAACAAUGAAUUGAUGAUAUUUUUCAGAGAUAUGUUUCCUUUUCCCAGGGGUUGGGCCGCCAUGCUCCUUUGUUUACAGAGGGCAUGGAUAUGAGAGAAGCUUGAAGUACUGCCUCAAGAAUGGCUGGUGGCAAAUUGUUUCCUCCUGAAAUUGAAGAAAGAGGAAUGUAUGUUCUGAUGGAGGACUCAGUGACCUUUGAGGAUGUGGCUGUGGACUUCACCUUGGAGGAGUGGGCUUUGCUGGAUCCUUCUCAGAGGAACCUGUACAGAGAUGUGAUGCUGGAAACCUUUGGGAACCUCUCCUCGAUAGAUGAUGAGACUCAAUUUAAAGCCAAUGGGCCAGUUUCUCACCAGGAUGUUUUUGGGCAAAAGAUGUGCAAGGAACAGAUUAUAGCAAAUUUCACAAGGAAUGAUUCCAGUGUCUGCAUUUUAGGGAAAAAUUGGAAAUACCCUAACUUUGCAAAUCAACACAAAAAGCGGGCAAGACAUCUGCGAAAUCAUAUGGGGGAUGUAGUCUAUGGGAAUGAAAGUGGAGAAGCCUUGUGCAAGAUUCCAAAUCUCCAUCUGCACAAGAAAACUCCUGGAGUAAAUCCAUACGAAUGCAGUUUGUGUGGAAAGGUCUUCAUGCAUCAUUCCUCCCUUAAGCGGCACAUCAGGUCUCUAAAUUUACUCAAAACACAAGAAUAUCAGGGAUGUGGGAAGGUCCAUAGACGUGCCACCUCCCUAAGAUCAUAUGUGAUAAUUCACAAUGGAAAGAAACUAUACAAAUGUAAGGAGUGUGGGAAAGAGUUCAUUUAUCCCGCAUCCUUCAGAAGACACCUGGUAACACACACUGGAGAGAAACGCUAUGAAUGCAAACAGUGUGCUAAAGCCUUUGGUUGUUCCACCUCCUUUCGAAGGCAUGAAAGAGUUCAUACUGGAGAGAAGCCUUAUCAUUGUGAACAGUGUGGAAAAGCCUUCAGUUACCACCAUUCCUUUCGAAGACAUGAAAGAAUUCACACUGGAGAAAAACCCUAUGAAUGUCAGUAUUGUGGGAAAGCCUUCAGUUCACACGAAUCCUUCCAGGGACACGUGAAAAUGCAUGCCGGAGAGAAACCUUAUGAAUGUGACAAAUGCGGUAAAGCCCUCAGUUGUCCAAGUUCACUUCGGAGACAUGAAAGGGUCCAUACUGGAGAGAAGCCUUACGAGUGUCGGUAUUGUGGGAAAGCCUUCCGUUGGCUCCCGUACUUUAAGGGACAUGUGAGGAUGCACACUGGAGAGAAGAUCAGUGAAUGUAAACAGUGUGGUAAAGCCUUCAGCAGAGCCGCUUCUUGUCGAAGCCACGAGAGGACUCACACCGAAGAAAAGCCCUAUGAAUGUAAUUACUGCGGGAGAGUCUUCCGCUGGCACACAUCCCUUCAAGUUCAUAUUAAAACACACACUGGAGAGAAGUUGUAUAAAUGUGAAAAGUGUGGGAAAGCUUUCAGUUGGUCCACAUCCUUAAAAAACCAUGAUAAAACCCACAGUGAAGAGAAACCCUAUCAGUGUACUCAGUGUGAGAAAAGCUUCAAGUGGCUCUUAUCCUUACAGAAACAUGUGAGGGUGCACACUGGAUAGACACCAUAUAAAUGUGAGAAGUGUGGGAAAGCCUUCAGCUAGACCUCAUCCCCACAAAAAUACAUGAGAACUCAUGCUGGAGGGAGCCCUAUACAUGUAAAUAAUGUGAGAAAGCCUGAUGCCAAUGAAAGCAUGUAGAAUAGUCCAGAAAAUUCAUACCAGCGCAGAAAUUUUUCUGUAAAUAAGUGGCCAAUGAAAAAUUUCACUUGGUAUUUGUUGGGCUUUUCUUGUUCACCUUGAGUGGCAGGAAGAGGAUGUCACCAGUUAUAUAUAUUCUACCAUUUUCCUUGCUAAGAAGCCAUUGGCAUGUAUUUGCAAAUAGGUAAAGUUUAUCAAAGAGUAUAUUCUUAUGUGAAUUAUUUUCAUCUGUUCUUUGCUCUUUGUCCUUGCUUCUGACUAGGAUUUUGACAGCAGAUUUUCAAUUAGGGUGUGAGACCUGUAGUUUGAAAAUAAAAAUUGGAGAUGGCUCUUCUGAAUUGUGUUGUUUAACACACUAUGAGUAACAUUUGGUAGUAUGUAUUAAAGAAUUCAGUUCCUUUAUGUUUCCAUUAUUGAAUUCACCACUGUUCUAACUUGCAUAAGAUUCAGAAGGCAGAAGUAAAAAAAACUGUUACAGAUGUUUGGAGCUGUUAUAUAGGAGCAAGACAGCUAUAUAAGUACAUUGUGGACACAAGCUUCCAGCUCAUUUUCCUGACUUUUCUGCCCAUCAAGAACCCUCUUUUCCCUGCCCAUCAAGAACAGCCUCAAAACCAACACCAACUACUUGACUUCCAUUUUCUCAGAGAUGUAAUCUUCCACAAAAAUUUCCACUUGCUUCACAUGAAUGAGGUAUUUGAAGUUUGUAUUUUCCUGCAUAUACCCUAAUGUGUCCAGCAGGCCACUGAUUCCAACUGUCAUGGUUGGGAAAAUUAGUUUCGGACACCCCUCUACUUAGAUUGUAUUUGUAUGAGGUCUAAUUUAUAUGGAAAGCACCAUGUUCUUUUAAUACUGCUAAUGACUGUGUUCUUAACCUUAAAAAGAAAAGAGAUGCUCUGACUGCUCUGACCCAGUCCUUUUAUUUGCAAAUAACCACCAUUGUCAUAUCAGGCAGAUUGUUGGCAGUUCCCACCACUCAGUAGAAUGCAAUCUCUCUGUUUAUGUUCAGUUGUUAUUUUGACCAUGUGUUUUUUUAAAAGCAAUGCCCAUUUUUUUGUAAAAUAAAAGCUUCUGUAUGUGUUUCUCAGAAAUAUCAUAUCUAUUAGUGGUGUUUUCAAUAAGUUCAAAACUAACAAAUGUUCUUGUCUUUAAUUUUCAUUUGCUGAGGAUACGUAAAAAUGUCCCAUUGUGGUUAUGGAUUGUCAGUUCAACUUUGUAAUUUUGCAAAUAUAAGGAUUACUCUCUGAGUCAUUACCAAGCACUUAAUUGUUCUGACUUUUUUCUUUCAGGUAAAUUUUAUAUAGUUAGAAUUUUUGUUUAAAAUUGCUUCUUCAUCCUUGAUAGGAAAAACUUACAUCAUGGUUUUGUCAGUGCCCUCUAGACAAAGAUGGCCCCGCUCACACAUGUAGUCAAACAGAACUGGGUAUUUGAAUAGUUGGAAUCAGGAUGAACUAAGUCAUAAAGGACUGUGUGAUGUAUUUGUAGAGGAUGGCGAUAAUGCCUAUUACAAAAAUUGUGCUUGUGUUAGGCCAUUUGGUUGAGGAUUCAGGAAGACAAAAGUUGGCUCUGUAUUGGAUACCCUGAGGAGGCGAGUGUGAUUCUAUGAUUGAUUAUCAUAUUCUUUCUAAUUUACAAGGCAGAAAGAAUGCUGUGCAGCCAAAAAUAAUUAGGACCAGUCAUAUUAGCAAGAAUGGGAGAAGUUUGUUUAUUUUUGUCAUUUGGACCGUGUCUUGCUUUAGCAUUUUUAUUGUAGAGAGAGGAUCAUAGAGGGCUCCUGUUUUUGUCUUGAUGUAUCAUGAUCACUGAGUAGCUUUAGGUGAUGAUGGUGUGAGAAUUGUUUCUCCUGAACAAAGAUGAGUUGAACUAGUGGGGAGUGCCAGGCCACCUCGCAGUUAUCUGAUGCUACCGUUGCUUUUGUCACUUAUUAUCUAAACAACAAAAUGUUUGGAUACUCUUUUCUAUAGUGUAACUCAGUUAAAAUAUAUGUAAUCAUUUACUCCUUAGUAAACCCAGGAGAAUAAAUAUUUUUAAUAUCUCCUUUUUUGUUAGUGCAAACUUUUAUAUUUACGUAAUCUGCCAGAGAGCACAAACCUAUCAAGGGAAAAUAAAGGAUCACUAUUCAAGCUUUUCUAGCUCAAAUAUCAUAUUCUUUAGGUUCUGGAUAUAGAAGCAUCAAACGAAUAAGUUCUUGCAGUCCUGUUUAUGUUUGGGUGGGAAAAAGAGGCAAUAUUAACAAAUGGUAAUGCUUUUCAUUUUAAGAAGCAAAUGACGGCUUUGAAGGAAAGUAAACUGACAAGUGGGCUAAUAGGGAAUGCUGGGUAUGCGUUGAAUCUUUUUGCAGAGUAGCAGCAUCAGUGAAUGAAGAUGUCAUCACAAGUUCAUUUAUACUUCCACUGUCUUGUAUGUCUCAUAUAAAUACUUCUGGAACUGCACAGGCAUGUUUGUAAACAGUGUAUGGUGAUGUAGAGCAUGUAGCAUUUAUGGAGCUAACAGUAGUGAUAACCCCAUCAAACUGAAGGCAUAGUCAUGGUGGAGCUUCAGUUUUGCCAUGGUUAAAAGUUUUAGGGCAUGAUAAUGUGAUCAUGAGUUUGGGCAUGGGUAGCUGGCAGUUAAUACUUCCCAUUGCUUUGGACCCCGGGGUGUGGGUGUUUAACAUCCUUACGGAAAAAUUUUAAAUCGCCUUUUUGCAGUUUAAAUUGUCAGUAUGAUUUUGCAGCCAUACAAACUGAGUUAGAGAAUUUCUUUACCUCAGAAAAGCAUAGAGUUCCUGACACCUUGAGAAUGGUUAUGAUCACCUGCAUUCCUAUGAGCAGAGUGACAUAUAUGCAAUUCUACACUAAUUUGUCACUUGAAGUCCUGCAAGGGGUUAUGGAUGUUUUGAGAGCACAUACUGGGAAAUGAUUAAGGAGAGCUACAGAAGAUAUUUUGAAAAACACCCCAAUUGAGUUAAAAAGGAGGUACAUUUCACAUCUGCAAAUAGAAAAAAAGUUAAUGACUUUUAUAAAAAGGAAGCAAUGGAUACAGUUUGUUUUAAUGAUCCACAAAUCUCCAAAAAAGCUUUUUUAAAAAUUCACAGGUAUCAUUUCCAUAGGCUUAGACUCCCAGCACGAGAUACAGAAGAGCAAUAAAACAAAGUUUUGCCUUUCAUUAAAGAGCAAAUGAAAUCCAAUCUGUGUCCAUUUUUUCAAGGCUAAUGUAUUUUUAUGGCACUGUACACCCUCUUUUGGAAGAAUACAAUAAAUAAGCAAAUCAAACUCAAAACUGAUGGGAAAUUUUGCUAUAGUGAAGAAAUGGGGAGGACUAUAUGUGGGUGUGUGUGACAGCUCUGAGAACAAAGGAGAACAGUAAAAUAACCAUUUCAUAGCAGAGUGACAACAUGGUAAAGUUAGUGGAUCAGGGUAUUGGGGGAGGGGGGUCAGGGAAUGCUGGAGUUCUGUGUACGGGGUAUGUAUUGUUUUGCAACUUUUCCUAUAACUUUGAAUUUAUUUCAAAAUAAAAUUAAAAACAAACAGACAACAACAAAAAAUAACCAUUUCACAUAAUGUAGGAAACUUGAUACCUAAUUUGAUUAACAGGCAUACUCAGAUACUUCAGGCUCGGUUUCAGACACUGCAAUAAAGUGAGUGACACAAAUGUGUUUUGUUUCCCAGUGCAUGUAAAAGUUAUGUCUGUGCUAUACUGUAGUCUAUUAAGUUGCAGCGGCAGUGUCUAAAAAAACAAUGUACAUACCUUAAUUUAAAAAUAUUGCUUAAAAAAUGCUAACCAUCAUCUGAGUCUUUAGCAAGUCAUAAUCUUUCUGGUGGAGGGUCUUGCCUCAAUUUUGAUGGCUGCUGACUGGUACAGGGUUGUGGUUGUUGAAAGUUGGAUGGCUGUGGCAAUUUCUGCAAAUAAAACAAUCAAGUUUG